AUGAGCCAUCAUUCAAGCAGCGAUAGUGAUGAUGACGAUGAUGAUUUUGGUAAUUUUUCAGAUGCUUCGUUUGAAUCUGAAGAUACAACAACACAGUCGACAGAGAAGUUAGUAGGUUGUGCACUGGAUGAAUUGUUUGGUCAUGAACCGACCCAUUAUAAAACCGGUACUGUAAACUCUGGUGAUCCUGAUAAAAUUUUGGCAGGUCUGCUGGCAGACGAACGACCAAACGUGAUAUAUCAUCAGUUAGUCGAUAGUGACAAUCGUGAUAUCCCUGCAUUCAUAUGGAAUCGAUCAAAUCUGAGAUCUACUUUGCUGCAUAUCUUAAGAUUGAAGGAUCCUCAAACAUUAUUAGAAAGUAGUACUGGUAGCACAAUGAAUGACACUGAAAAGAAUUUAUCUUUAGUGACUAUGGAUGAUUCAUUAUAUUUGAAAGCAAUGGCUUUAGUUCAAGAUACAGAGAACCCUGUAAAUGAUAAUACGUUGUUAUUAAAGGAACGAUUUGGCAUAGGUUAUAUACCUCAGUUGACUCAACCAUCGUUAACUGCCGAUUUUAAUCGAGAGUUGAAAGAAAAAAUACCGUCUUUACUUAAUAAAUCUAUCGAUGGGAACACAACUGAUGAUAUGGAUGGAUAUCAUGAUACAAUAUGUAAUGCAAUAGAUUUAUUAAUAGUUGAAUUGCGAUCAUUGUAUGAGAAACAAUUACAGUUGGAAAAUGAUAAGCAAACGUAUGAACGAGUAAUUACGAAUUUAUCUGGACAUACACAACGACUUCAAAGAGAUGAAAUUGCUAUGUUUAAUAAAAAGAAAACGCAAUAUAAGAGGUGGCAUCGUUUUUCUUGGGGUGGUAAAUAA